AUCUCAAAGAAAAAUUAUUGAAAUUAUUGAAUUUAAAACAAUAGGGAAUUUCCAUCCAAUGAGUUUUUGAGUUCCGCACAAUGUUAAAUAAACGCGUUUACCGGAUUUUGUGCAUUGUGGCAAUAUUAAAUGUGGUUUUAGUAAGCAUAUUAAUCAUAAAUAAUAGUAUUAUAAUAAUCGAAGAGAAUAUAAUUCCAGAAAAAUUGUUACUCGAUUCUAGAAAAGCCCCAAAUGAAACGCAAAUGUAUGCCUCAAUCGCGAAGGAGUUGCCUUCUUUACACUUACAGUUUUUACAAAAGAAAGCAGGUAGUGGGCGUUUAAAUGCCACAUGUGCGGAAUAUCCACAUCUAUUUGAUAUACAAUUUCACAACACUUAUUAUCAAUCCUACGAUAAUGGCAAUUCGUCUUUCAAAAUAUUCGGUGCCUAUUACGACAAACGUACCACAAUAGAGCACACGCCAAUGGUGCGUGUCUUGUCGAUGAUAAAUCGUUAUGAGAAUUAUACGCUGAACUACUGUCAAUUGUGGUACGAAGAGCGUACUCAACCGGUCAUAGUACCAGUCAAGGAAUAUAAAAUGAUAUGGUAUAAGGAAUGGGGAGCAUCACCACAUCACCUCUAUCCACAUUUAAUAAGUUGCUUUAUACCCGAUGACGUGAAACAAUUGGUACCGCAAACGGUUUCUCUCGUUGCUAAUGAAUGUGAUCUUGCCACUAAUAAUGUGAAGGUUGUUUUUGAAGAUCUGCAGGAUAACGAAACACAAGGGAAUUUUACUAUAUGUGUGAAAAAUUCAUACUUCCCACAUGAGGAUAUGUCUGCACGUUUAGUAGAGUGGUUGGAACUGAUGCGUAUUAUGGGUGCAGAAAAAAUCUUUCUAUAUAAUAUGCAAUUACAUCCGAAUAUGAGUAAGGUGCUCAACUACUAUGAGGAGACAGGACUAGUAAGGCUUAGUCCUUUCACUUUUGCACGUGGUGAACCAAAUUUAAGAAAUAUGCAACAUGAAGUGAACAAAGCAAACUAUUUGAAUACAAUUUUAAAUGAAUUAUUGCCAUUCAACGAUUGUCUUUAUCGCACUAUUUACAAGUACAAAUUUGUAGCAGUGAUUGAUGUGGAUGAAGUGAUAAUGCCGCUUGGCAAUCUGACGAAUUGGCAUCAACUUGUCAAAGUUAUUGAAGCUGAAAAGGAUAAAAAUUGUGAACAUUUUGCAAGUUAUUGCUUUCAAAACGUAUAUUACCCGCGUUAUCCUGACAGUCCUCCCUACUCCUUGGAAGUGCCCGAAUAUUUCUAUAUGCUGCAACAUGUCAAACGUGUGGCGGAUCAUUUAAGUAUUGGCUUAGCCACAAAAUGCCUCCACAAUACUAAGCAUGUGGUUGCACUUCAUAAUCACUACGCAAUUCACUAUGAGCAGUGCUGCUUUGCAAAUAAUAUUAACUACACCAUCGGACAAAUGCAACAUUAUCGAGAGCCUGAUAUCAUGGAAACGCUUAACGACCCGGUGGAAGAUGCGAAUAUUUGGAGAUUUAAAACUGAACUUAUUAGUAAUUCGGCACAUGUUUUGAAACAAUUAGGAUUUUUUCCUUGACCUCAAAAUUGUGUUGUAAGUUGUAGUUUAAGGUAAGGAAUA